GCCAGGCUCUGGGUUCACCCCAAUGCAGGUGGAGCAUGAAUUGGAGCUGCACAGCCGCCUGUGCCACCGCCACGUCGUCCGGCUGCACGGGCACUUCAGCACCCACAGCCACCUCUACCUGCUGCUGGAGCACUGCGGGCGCGGGGUGAGCGGGGCUGGCGGGGAUGUGGGGUCAGCACCGGGGUUGUGCUGUGCUCUGAUCCCCCUCUCUGCCCUGCCCCAGUCCAUUGCUGACAUCCUGCGGGCUCGAGGGGUGCUGACGGAGCCGGAGGUGAGGUACUACCUGCAGCAGGUGAUCGCCGGGCUGUGCUUCCUCCACGGGCACAGCAUUGUGCACCGGGACAUCAAGCCAAGUAACCUGCUGGUGACCGAGGAGAUGCAGGUGAAGAUCGGGGACCUGGGGCUGGCACGGGUGGUGGCAGGAGGCAGGCAGCACUGGGGGUGAGCGCAGCCAUGGCACCCCAUCCCUCGGGGUACCAGCAUGGAGCUCACUGUGCCCUCCAUGCAGGGCGCUCUGUGGCACGCCAGGAUAUUUAGCCCCAGAGGUGCUGGAGCGCAAGGGCCACGGGCUGCCCUCUGAUGUGUGGGCACUGGGCUGCGUCAUGUAAGUGGUGGCCCAGCAGGUGGGCUGGCAGGGGAUGGCCACGGCCAUGCUGAGCACCCAAACCCCCCAGGUACACGGUGCUGACAGGCAGCCCACCUUUUGGAGCAGCAGAGCGGCAGGAGCUGUACCAGCGCAUCCGUGCAGUGCAGUAUCCCCUGCCCAGCUGCCUCUCAGCCCGGGCACAAGCUCUCCUCACACAACUGCUGGCCCCCGAGCCCACGGCACGACCCAACCUGCAGGAUGUGCUGGAUCACAGCUUCUUCAGCCAGGUGGGUGUGCGUGGAGGUGGGGGAGCAGCCACGUCCAUGCAGGCACGCGGGGAGUCACUGCCUGUCUCUGCACAGGGCUUCACACCAGCCACG